CUUUAGCCAACCGAUUCUGCAUAUUGCAUGACCUUUUAUAUACCUUGGCCAUCUCUCUUCCCGCGCUUUCUCAAGUGUUACUCAGUUUGAGGAAGUCAGUUUACUGUAUCUUGCAUCCGGCACUAUUUGAGGAGAGUAGAAGUAUAAACCCUAAUCCAGAUAAGAGAGUUAAAACGAGAUAAGCGACUUGCAGCUCAGUCAUGGGAGUUUCAGGAAUGUAAGAAAAAGUUUACAAAAUAUCACUUGUUCAAUCAUGUUUAUUUCUCUUCUCGUCAUAUUGAUCAUCUAUCAUCGGUUCCUUAUUUUUCACGAAGAAAACAGCGGGAGAGGUGGGGUUUCUUUCAUUUAGUAGUUCUAUGAGAUGCAACUGGUGAUUACGAUUGUGGUACAAAAGAAGAGCUCUUGAUAGCAAUCCCUGGCAAGAUGACAUUUUGGGGGAUUGAAGUGAAGCCAGGGAAGCCAUAUACUCACCGGUACAAUCGCGAAAGGCUUAAAAUUACCCAGGCAACAAUGUCAUAUUGCAGUAGUCUCUCACCAAAGAAGAGUGUAGUUCAGUGUAAUGUAGGGAAUACAAGGCCAAUUCUGUUAUGUUCUCUGUUGCCUGAUAAGAUGGAAACAUGCCAUUUAGAUCUUGAAUUUGAUGAAGAGAAUGAAGUAGUCUUUUCUGUUCUUGGUGCUUGUAGUGUUCACUUGACUGGUUACUAUUUGAACCAGACUUCCCACCAUUCAAGUAGAUAUGAUGAUGACACAGAUUCCUAUGGGGAAGAUAUUGUUGAUACUGAGAAUGAGCAAUCAAGCUCCAAGGAAAAUGACUAUGACCAUGAUGAUAGUUUCAUCAAUGACAGUGAACCUGAAUUUUACUCUCCGUCUCCUAAGAGUGACGAUGGGAUCCGUUUAACGCCAAGCUUCAACCUUGAAAGCAAAAAAAGUGGCAAUUCUAGACCAAAGCGUCUUAAGAAAAAGUAUAUGGUCAGUGACUCAGAUGGGGAUACUGAGCCUCCUGAACAACCAAACAUUGUCAAAAAAGUUAAUACAGCUGUGAUUUUGAAUGACAAUGAGGAUAAAUUUCCCAUUUCUUCCCUGUUCAAGAGCAAAAAUGAUGUUAAAAAUGUUGAAUCAAAAGUAACUUCAGUUGAAAAGCCAGCUAACAAAGUCAAAGAGAAAGAGAGAGAGAAGGUAGAUGGAGAUGACCAUCAAGAUAUGUGCCCUGAGAUUGGUGUUGCUGCAGGAAAAAGGCUAAGCAGAGGGCAAGACCAGUCUUGUGAUUCAUCAUUGCCAUCUUAUGAGGAUAAGAAUGAGAAAAAUGAGGCACCAAAGAAGAGGAAGAAGAGAAGAAUUGUGGAGAAGGAAGAGAAUAUCCUCAAUGAUAGAGUGGACCAAGAUGAGCAGUCUAAGACAAUGGUUCAAAGCGUGAAACAAGAGCAUGACAUUGGAGAUAAACUGCAUGAAAAACCCCUUAAUCAUAAAAUAGGAAGCUACAAGCAUGGUGACUCAUUACAAUCUAAUGAGAAUGACAAUAUCAACGAGGUGACGGAGAAGAAAAAGAAAAAGAAAAAGAAGAAAAUUGCAGUCCAACAGGAAGAGAAUACCAUUUCUGAUUGGUUAAUCCAAGAUGGGCAGUCUGAAAACAAGAAUGAAGAGAUUUGCAUUGAAGAACAUUCUCAUGAAGUGCCCGUGAGUAGCAAUAUUGGUGUAUCUUUACAACAAUCUAAGAAGGAUGGUAGUAUCAAUAAAGUGGCAGGGAAGAAGAAGAACAAUGAGAAAUAUGCCACCCAACAGGAAGAGAAAGUAGAUGACGGCAAUGCUUUCUCACUACCAUCCAAUGAGGAUGCUGACAUGGAGAAAGAUAAGAAAAAAAGAAGGAAAAAGAAACAAGUUGCCGAGCAGAGUCAGAAUAUUAUUAAUGAUGGGGCAAACCAAUAUGAGCAAUUGGAGACAAAGGUUAAAACCAUGAACCAAGAGCAUGCUAUUGGAUAUGAAUCAUAUGAGAAACCCACUAAUGGGGCAGAUGAACAAGUUUGUUAUUCCCAGCUGCUAUCUAAUAAGGAUGGUAAUGAGAACAUUGAGAUAGAGAAAAAAAAGAAAAAGAAGAAGAAAGUCAUUGAUCUGAAAGAGAGCAUUCUUGAUGGGGGAAACCGAAAUGGACAGUUGGAGAAAAGUAUUAAAGUGGUAAGCCAUGAAACUGCCAUUGAAGAUGAACUGCAAGAUAGGAAAGCUACUGAUUCAUUAGUCCCUGGCAAUCUUGAGAAGGAAAAGAAGAAAAAAACUGACACAAAGCAGAACCCAUCCACUGAGAAAUAUCAAUUGACCGCUAGCAGUACUAAGAAGGAAAAGAAGAAGAAAAAGGCUGAUACAGAGAAAUAUCCAUCUGUCGUGGAUAAUGACCAAAGCACAAUUCAAUUAAAGUAGCCCUCUCUUCCAAGUUAUGGAACUUGGUGAACCUAUCAGUAAUGCUCAAGAAUCAAAUCUCAGUCCACCAAAUAAGAAGACCUUAAAAUGGGAAGAUGAUCGGUGGCGGGCAUGAAGCUGGAUGAUUGUACUAUCUAGAUGGUGGUGGCACACAGAAGGCAUUGCAUUCUUCCCAAUCUCCUUGCAGUGGCAUUGUCAGCUAGGUCAUCCUUCACUUCCAAUGCUCAAGAAGUUAGUCUUGUCACUACAGCCUAUUUCUCAGUUAUAGUGUGAGUCGUGUCAGUUUAGUAAGCAUCAUUGUGUGUCUUUUGUUCCUAGGGAUGAUGCAAGAGUAUCUAGUCCAUUUCAAUUGGUGCAUUUUGAUGUUUGGAGUCCUAGUAGAGUGAAGUCAUAUAAUGGGUUCAAGUAUUUUGUAACGUUUAUUAAUGAUUAUUCAAAAAUGAUGUGGAUUUAUUUAAUGAAAGCUUAUUCAAAAUUACCUCA